AGUUAAGGGGGUGUUUCACUUUUUGGAAAAAGAACUUUUUAGAAAAAAAAUGUAAUUUUAAAUUCAAAAAUUAUGUGUUUAUGCAAAUAAUUUUUCUACCAAUAUAGAUUUUGUUUGAUAGAUCUCAUUAAGAUAUUUUAAACGGUAUGAAAAAAAUUGAAAAAAUAUUUUUAUUUUUAUUAUAUUUAAAUUUAAAAUUACCUUUUUUUUUUUCAAAAAGUUCUAUUUUUUUGAAAGUGGAACAUUACCUAGACGAGUGUACCUAGACCCUCUCCCUCUCUCAAAAUUCCGAUCUGUACGUCCGUCGAGCAUUAGAGAGAGAGAGGAAGGAACUCAAACUAUUUCUCUCUCCUCCUCCGUUUGCAGUCUGUGCGAUAACGGUAGCAGGCGUUACAUUGAGAAAAGUAAAAAUCUUGCGCCAAAAGCGACAGUUUUUAAGAUGAAGAACAGAGAGCGUGCUGCUAACAUUGCUCUAGCAGGUUUAACUUUGGCACCACUGGUUCUGAAGGUAGAUCCAAAUUUAAAUGUCAUUUUGACUGCUUGCCUCGCAGUUUAUGUGGGUUGCUACCGUUCCAUCAAAUCAACUCCUCCUUCAGAGACAAUGUCUAAUGAACAUGCUAUGCGGUUCCCUUUGGUCGGGAGUGUGAUGCUGUUAUCACUAUUCCUACUCUUUAAGUUUGUGUCGAAGGACUUGGUUAAUGCUGUUUUGACAUGCUACUUCUUUGUACUCGGGAUUGUCGCUCUUUCAGCGACACUUUUACCUGCAAUCAGACGUUUUCUGCCAAAGCAGUGGAACGAGGACCUUAUAAUCUGGCGAUUUCCGUAUUUUCGUUCUUUGGAGGUUGAGUUUACAAGGUCUCAGAUCAUUGCUGCAAUACCUGGAACUUUCUUCUGUGCAUGGUAUGCAUCACAGAAGCAUUGGCUGGCAAACAAUAUAUUAGGCCUUGCAUUCUGCAUUCAGGGCAUAGAAAUGCUUUCGUUGGGUUCAUUUAAGACUGGUGCCAUCCUUUUGGGUGGACUUUUUGUAUAUGAUAUUUUCUGGGUUUUCUUUACUCCUGUGAUGGUUAGCGUUGCAAAAUCUUUCGAUGCUCCUAUUAAGCUUUUAUUCCCCACUGCCGAUUCGGCACGUCCAUUUUCGAUGCUUGGACUUGGGGAUAUAGUGAUUCCAGGUAUUUUUGUCGCAUUGGCCUUGCGGUUCGAUGUGUCCAGGGGGAAAGAGAGCCAGUAUUUCAAUAGUGCUUUUCUGGGAUAUACCUUUGGUUUAGUCCUUACAAUUAUUGUCAUGAAUUGGUUCCAAGCUGCACAGCCUGCACUGCUAUACAUAGUACCAGCUGUUGUUGGAUUUUUGGCAGCUCAUUGCAUAUGGAAUGGUGAUGUAAAACAGCUGUUGGAGUUUGAUGAAUCUAAGACUGCUACUAUAUCUGAAGAUGGUGAUUCCACAUCAAGCAAGAAAGUGGAGUGAGGUGAAACCCUUACAAACACAAACCACAGCCGCGGCCAGAAAAGCCUUAAAGCUCGGUCAUACUAACUUGUAACAAUAUUUUCUUUUUGAGAAUUUUUUUUGGGAGUUUUUUCUUUUUUUUUGAGGAUUAUUAAGCCCCUUAAACAAUUCAAAUGAUCUAUUUCUCCGUGUUUUAGUACACAAUUUUCCCCUGUUCA